CUGAACCAUUACAGUGAAAGAGGAGAGAUGAGCAAAUCUCUAUCACAUAGACCAGGAGCCUGAGGAGGAGAGCAGAGAGGAGCAAUGGAUGAGCCCGACAGCAGCUACUGUGACUGAUGAUACCAGCAAAUGACGUAUCGUGCGUGUUACAGGAGAGCAGACUGUGGUGUCCUGCCCGUGUCAGGUUGAGUCAAACAGUCAUGUAACAUGGAAGCCUGGCUUUAAGGAAGAAUCCUGUAGUGAAGAUGGACAAGAACAAGAGACACAUUACCGAAGGGAUAUUAACCCUCACCUUAGAGAUCAUCUACCUGCUGACUGGGGAGGAUUACACAGUAGUGAAGAAAACAUCUAGACAAAUAGUGGACCCCAGAAGCCACUCCCGUACCCCAGAAGGAUGGAGUAGGACUCAGAGCCCUAUCAUGGAGCCUCCACCUCACUCACUGAUACCUGAGAAAACCAACAAGCAGAAGAUCCUAGACCUCACCAACAAGAUCAUUGAGCUGCUGACUGGAGAGGUUCUUGUAAGGUGUCAGGAUGUCAGCAUCUGUCUCUCCAUGGAGGAGUGGGAGUAUUUAGAAGGACACAAGGAUCUGUACAAGGACGUUAUGAUGGAGGACCACCAGCCUCACACGUCUCCUGUCGCUCUGUGUGUGUUUCUUACAGAUGGGUCCAGUAAGAGAAAUCCACCAGAGAAUUGUUCCAGCCCUCUGUAUUCUCAGGGUAGUUCAGAGGACGAUCACUGUGAGCUUCAGGAUGAUCAGGGUGAAGAUUUGAUUCAUAUUAAAGUUGAAGUUACAGCGGAAGAUGAAAUUGACUUAGAGACUGAUGAGUUUAAAAAUGAGGAAGUGAAUGAAGAUGUCAACCCAGAUGGAUCCAGUAAGAAAAUAUUACCAGAGAGAUGUCCCAGCCCUCUGUAUGUCCAGGAUCACCCAGGGGGAAAUCACAGUGUCCCACAGGAUCUUCAGGAUGAAGAUCUAAUUGAUUUUAAAGUUCAAGUGAUAAAGGAGGAAGCAUGUGAAAGGGAUGAUAGACCAAUACAGGAGGAGGAAGCACCUACACUUAUCGGCAUGGAAUUUAAAAGAGAAUAUAAGGACAUCACACAAGAUUCCCCAGGAGAACAUCCCAUAACCUCAGCUCUGUCCCAGCUCUACCUAUCCAGGAUAGACCUGUCAUCUGAGCCAUCUAAUCCUGAGGAACCUUUUUCAGAUCAACUAUAUCUCGAUCUUCACAACUCAAGGCAGAGAGAGAGGGAACUAUGUUCCUGUUUGGAAUGUGAGAAAUGCUUUCUGCUUGAGGCCAAGAAAUCACAUAGUAAAAAGCAAAAGUUCUUGUGCUCUGAUUGUGGGAUUUAUUUCUCUUUAAAAUCGGCUCUUGUUCAACAUCAAAAAAUCCAUACCGAAGAAGGUCUGUCUAGUAUUUUGCAGGAUCAGAUAAGUCAUGUGGCAGAAACAUCAUUUCACUGUUCUGAUUGUGGCGAGCGCUUUACGGACAGAUUAUUUCUGCUGAACCAUCAGAGAAAACACCUAGGAUUGAAGACUUUUCAAUGCUCUGAGUGUGGGAAAUAUUUUUCACUGAAGUCAGGUCUUGUGAGACAUCAGCGAAUUCACACAGGGGAGAAACCAUUUCCGUGUUACGAGUGUUGGAAAUUUUUUGCUGUGAAAUCAAAUCUGGUAAAACACCAGCGGAUCCACACAGGGGAGAAGCCCUUUCUAUGUUCUGAGUGUGGUAAACGAUUUACGCAAAAGACACAUUUUACUAAGCACCAGCGAACUCACACGGGGGAGAAGCCCUUUUCCUGUUCAGAUUGCGGGAAAUGUUUCAGCCAGAAACCCCACCUUAUAAAACAUAAGCGAAUUCACACUGGUGAGAAGCCGUUCAUAUGCUCUGAGUGUGGAAGAUGUUUUACUAGCAAACAUAUUCUCCUUAAGCAUCAGAGAGUUCAUGCGAGUUGAUGGACAAAGAGAAGAGCUGUAUGAAACCAAAGCUCUGCAGGACCAUGUGUGCCUCAUAUAAUAAAUGGAUAACUAUG